UGAGCCUAUUAUUGUUGUCAAACCAGUUAGAGCUGAAAAAGCAGAAUCGAAUUAAGAUAAUACCCGACUUGAUCCUCUUCCAAUUCCGGCCGGCUUUUCCGAUCAGAUCGCGACGCUUUCGUACUUAAAUUAAUUAUUCCGGAGUAAGUGGAGCUGUAGAGAGCCAUGGCAGGUGUAUUUGAGAAUUAUGAGCGUCAAUACUGCGAGCUUUCGGCUAAUCUGACCAAAAAAUGUAGAGCUGCUACUCUUGUUGAUGGAGAGCAAAAGAAGCAAAGACUAUCUGAAGCAAAAGUUGGACUGGAUGAAGCUGAAACUUUGAUACGCAAGAUGGACACUGAAGCAAGAAGUUUACAGCCUAAUGUGAGGGCUGUGCUUCUUGCCAAAUUGAGAGAAUAUAAAUCUGAUCUGAACAAUCUGAAAAGUGAAGUUAAACGAAUUGCAUCAACCAACUUGAAUCAGGCUGCUCGAGAUGAGUUAUUGGAGUCGGGCAUGGCUGAUGCAAAAAUGGUAUCAGCUAAUCAAAGAGAGAGAUUACUUAUGUCGACUGAAAAGUUAAACAAAUCUAGCGACAGGGUAAGGGAAAGUAGAAGGACUAUGUUGGAGACAGAGGAUUUAGGUGUUUCGAUUCUUUCAGAUCUGCACCAACAGCGGCAGGCUCUUUUGCAUGCUGAUAACACUGUAUGUUCCGUUAAUAAUCUAGAUGCUACAUGGGGUGGAUGAUAACGUAGGCAGGAGUAAAAAAAUAAUGACAGCCAUGUCAAGGCGGAUGAGCAGGAACAAAUACAUCAUUGGCUUCAUAGUAGCAGUCCUUGUUCUCUCAAUCAUACUAAUCUUGUACUUCAAAUUGAAGUAGGUGGUGGUGGAAUUUAGCACGAAUCAUGGCUGUGUUCUUGAGACAUUCAGAAGCUAUUGUAAAGUUUGCUCCAGUUCAAGUAUACAAUAAUUUGAUACAUUUUCGUUUUAAAAUUUGAUUGGCGAUGAAUGUUGUUGUUAAUGCGUUAUAUGAAUUUCGACAAUAUUUGAUUUCACAGUGUGACUACUAUGUUCUAGUUUCUUGUUUUCA